UGGAUUCAAGAGAGUUGUUUUGGCUGGUCUUGGCAAAACUCUAACCUAUCAUCCUUCAUUCUGUUAUCUUACGAUUGUGUUUAUUACAAUUAUAUAAGGGAGAUAUGUAGCAGCAUCUGAAAUGAGUUUAAUGUCUUUGUCUCACUGAUGACUUCUUGAAAUUGAAGAUUUGUACACUACUCUGUCGAAAAGUGUUAACCUCGUUUAGUUGUGUGUCCCAUGCCUACCCACCCCAAUCCCACACUCCCUUCCCUGUGAAAAAGACCUCUAGGGAAAUACUUUUCCAGUUAAUAUAUAUUUUGACAAAGCUUUAGGGAGAAAGCAAAAUAUCACAAGGUUUACUGUUCUAUUGAUGAUCAUUCCAAAAUAUCUUUCCUUUGGUGUAUAUAGACAAGAUACGAGAACAGGAAUAUUAAGUGUUCAAUGUAUCAUCUUGUUUCUAUCUUGGAUGUCCUUGAUAUUUAGGAAAUUACAUUAGUCAUUACAUUUUCUGAAGCACGAAUUUCUGUGGAAAUCUGUCUUUGCUUAGGGAAUCAAAGAGAUUCUUCAAAGGCAUUGGUUGAGUUUGUUAGACUAGUAUUCUCUUCUUCUGCUGCAAAACUUUAAUCGUACUUGGAAAGUAAAAAGGGAAAUGAGAAACCAAUGGAAUAUCGAUUAUUGACCUCCUGCUGAGUAAGCUAUUUGGACGUUCAGCGGAAAAAAUAAAAGCAAGUACUGAAUCAACAACCUAUGUAGAGUUUAUUUUUUUUAAAAAGAAAUGAGUGCGAAGAGAAGGUAUUUCUCGGUAUUACAAUAUAGGAAUGCUACAUAACUGACCAUGCCUGAAUUCUUUCACCCACAUUAUCCAGGAAAGAUACCUCAUGACUAGUAAAAAUUUCAGUUCAAUUACAUUCUCUUCGCUCCUUUAGUUUACCUCACUUCAUUUACGCCAUUACAUUUUCCCUAUCUACUGCCAGAAUUUAGAUCAGUAUUUAGAACCAGACACAGGAAAGGCCAAAGAAACAACAUCAAACUUUAAUAAAGUAGUGUUUGUUGGACAAAAGAUUAUCAAGAACCAAAAAGAGAAUAUAUACUUCUUCUCUCAAGUGGCUAUAUAGCCAAGAUUCCCACUUCCAAUGUCAAAGUCACAAAGAUAAUGAAGAAUACUUUUGGUUGAUUUUACAAGUGUGCUCUAAUCUAAUGGUGCUUACUUUGAGUAUUCAAUAAGUUGAUGAAAUAAUUUCUAACUAAACAAAUCGUACAUAAAGAUUUAUUGAUCGAAUUUAGUGGUUAGAAUGACAAGAUUUGUUUACUUUCUUGAUGGAAGUGAUUGGAAAGGAUCUACUUAAGGAUGAAGAUACUUGGAAGGUCAACUUAGUGAGUUAUCUUAAUAUAAAAAUCACAGAAUUUCAUGCAAUAUAUAUAAGUACUAUAUAGUACUGUUUAGAGUUAGUUUAAAGUGGCUUAAACCAUAAUUAAAGCAUUGCUUACUUUGAUGAGUUCCCCAUCAACAUGAUUAGUCAACAGACCACUAUCAAUAAUAAAGCAAGUUAAAGAAGAAGAAGGGAGAAAAAGAAAAGAAAACUAAAGGUAAAAUACCUAUCACAAAGCAUUCUCCCUUCUUGGUUUAUUAUUCUCUCUGCUUUCCAUUUAACUACUUUAUCUCUGCCUCCCCUCUUUCACCUUCACUCUUUCGAGGCAAUCAUCAUAUUUUCUCUCUGUUUCAUUCAUCUGUUGCUCUUCACUUCCUUCUAUCUAAUAUCAAUAUUUUAGGAACAGUCCUCACUUCAAUUUUGUUUUAUCUAGUGUGUCAAGAUUACUGUAUUUGAAAGUGUGAUGUUAAGUUUCUUUUUCUCGUCUGUUUUUCUUGAGUUCGAUAAAUGGUGUCUGUAAACAGUUCAAGAACUUGGGCACCACCACAUAUGAGCACAAGGGAUUGUUCCCAAGAAUCCUGCAGUUUAUACUGCCCACAAUGGUGUUAUAUAAUCUUCCCACCUCCACCUCCAUUCGACUUCCCGGCUGAUGAUAAUGAUUCUGGUCCAAAUUUCUCUCCUCUAGUUAUCGGGAUCAUCGGAAUCCUUACCAGUGCUUUCCUUCUAGUUAGCUACUAUGUCAUAAUGUCAAAGUGCUGUGGACACAGGAUUGGUUUAAGUAGGGAGAAUCAUCUGAAUGAUUCAGAACUAGAAGAGAAUGAUCCUUCAAUUCAUGAGGCAUGGAAUGUGAACACAACAGGUUUAGAUGAAUCUCUGAUCAAGUCAAUUAUGGUGUUUAAGUACAAGAAAGGAAGUGGAUUAGCUGAGGGAACAGAUUGUUCUGUUUGUCUGAGUGAAUUUCUAGAUGAUGAAAACCUUAGACUUUUACCAAAAUGUAGUCAUGCUUUCCAUGUUACAUGCAUUGAUACAUGGCUGAAAUCUCACUCCAAUUGCCCUCUAUGUCGCUCUAAUAUAGUGUUUGUAACUGCUGCACCACCUCCUGUUAUCGAACCUCCUUUGAUAAACGAAAGAACCUCUGAAAACCAACCUGAAAACGAUAUAGAAAUGGGGGUCAGAGAGGAAGAUGAUGAACAAGAAGUUGUAGAAAGUAGAGUUCCUUCCAAGAGACUAAUAACACAAAACAUGAAUCUACUAAUAAGAAGAUCAGUAUCAAUGGAUCAAGUGUCGCGAGGUGUUUUAUCUAUAGCUGAUAUACUAAAGAUUGAUCAUGAUGAAGAUUGUGAACUGGGAAAUUGCCCGUUUCACGAUAGAGAAGUUGGAACAUCAAGACAAGAAGUAAGGGAAGAAGAAGAAGAAGAAAACACAUUACCUUAUUGUGUGCCAACUCCUAUGGGGAUAAAGAGAUCUUUUUCCAGUGGGAGAUUCAUAUUCCCUAAACGCGGAAGAGGACAAAACACGAUCAUCCCAUUGUGAAAUUUGUUUUGACUACAGAAUCAUGCCUGUCUGUCAAAUCGAAUUGGAUGAUCAGGCCGAGGCUGCUCCCAAAAUUAGGAGGAUUUGUGCAUUUUGUGCCAUCAGAUAAAGAGUUCAUAUAAAGGAAAAAAAAAAGUUUGAAAGGUUUUUGCUUUAAGUAGUUGAGGUUUUUGUGUGUUGUCAGCUCAUCUUCUACACUACCAAUAUUUAUUUUCUUUGAUAUCAUUUUGUGCUCAAACAAGUUAAAAUAUAAUGUAUCAUUUCACUAUGAUAAGAUUUAACUGUUGGAUUGGACUUGUCACUUGAUGAAAGAACAACAAAAAUUAUAA